GAGUCUUACUCUGUCACCCAGGCUGGAGUGCAGUGGCACCAUCUCAGCUCACUGCAACCUCCACCUCCAAGGUUCGAGUGAUGUUCAUGAGUCAGCCUCCCAAGUAGCUGGGAUUACAAGCAUGUGCCGUCUUGCUUAGCUCAUUUUUGUAUUUUUCGUAGAGACGGGUUCCACCAUGUUGGCCAGCUGGUCUCGAACUCCUGACCUCAAGUGAUCUGCCUGCCUCGGCCUCCCAAAGUGCUGGGAUUACAGGCGUGAGCCACCACGCCCAGCCUGGAUUAUGCUUUUGAUGUCAAGCCUACGAAUUCUUUGCCUGGCCCUACAUCUCAAAGAUUUUCUCCUAUUUUUCUAAAAUUUUAAUAGUUUUACACUUCACAUUUACUCUGUAAUCCAUCUUUUUUGUUUGUUUAUCUAUUUUUAGAGAUGGGGUCUUGCUCUGUUGCUCAGGCUGGAGUGAAGUGACGUGAUCACAGCUCACUGCAGUAUGUAACCUUUUGGGACUGGCAUUUUUCACUCAGUAUAACUCUCUGGAGAUUCAUCCAGGUUGUUGUGUGUAUCAGUCAUUCUUUUUUAUUGCUGAGUAUUAUUUCAUGGUAUAAGUGUACAAUAGUUGGUUUAACCAUUUACCUGUUAAAGGAUAUCUGGGUUAUCUUUGGCUACAAUGAGUAGGCAGUUAGACAAACAUUUGCAUACAAGGUUUUGUGUGAAGGCAUUGUCUGUGCUUGUGUAUUUGUGUAUGCAAGUUUUCAUUUCUUGGGGCUAAAUACCCAGGAGUACAGUUGCUGGGCAGGAUGGUAGUAGUAUGCUUAGUUGUUGGAUUUUUGUUGUUGUUGUUGGUUUUGUUUUGUUUUUAAGAAACUGCCAAAUCAUCUUCCAGAGUGGCUGUACCAUUUUAUAUUCCCAUCAGAAAUUAUGAGAGAUCCAGUAUCUCCUCUUCCUUGCCAGCAUUUAGCAUUGUCGCUUUUUUUUUUUUUUUUUGAGAAAGAGUUUCACUCUUGUUGCCCAGGCUAGGUACAAUGGCGCCAUCUCUGCUCACCGAAACCUCUGUCUCCCGCAUUCAAGUGAUUCUCCUGCCUCAGUCUCCCGAGUAGCUGGGACUACAAGCAUGUGCCACCACACCUGGCUACUUUUGUAUUUUCAGUAGAGACGGGGUUUCUUCAUGUUGGCCAGGCUGGUCUCAAACUCCCGACCUCAGGUCAUCUGCCCACCUCGGCCUCACAAAGUGCUGGGAUUACAGGCGUGAGCCACCGCACCCAGCCCAUUGUCACUAUUUUUAUUUUAGCCAUCCUGAUAGGUGUGGAGCGAUUAUCUCACUGUGGUUUUAAUUUGCAUUUCCCUAAUGGCUAAUGAUGUUGAACAACUUUUCAUGUGCUAAUUUGCCAUUUUUAUAUCCUCCUUAGUGAAAUAUUACCUUAAGUCUUUUGCCUAUUUUCUAAUUGGAUUUUUAAUGUGUUUUCUUUGUUGAGUUUUGAGAGUUCUUUAUAUACUCUAGAUACUAGUCCUUUGUUCAAUGCAUAGUUUGCAAAUAUUUUCUCCUACUGUGUAGCUCAUUUUUUCAUCCACUUACCAGAUCUUCACAAAGCAACAGUUUUACAUUUUGAUGAAAUCCAAUUUAUCAGUUUUUCCUUUCAUAGAUCAUGCUCUCAAUGUCAAGCCUAAGAAUUCUUUGCCUAGACCUAUAUCUCAAAUAUUUUCUAUUUUUCUAAACUUUUAAGAGUUUUAUGCUUUACAUUUACUCCAUAAUCCAUUGUUUAUUUAUUUUAAUUAAUUGUAUCUGGUAAAGGUUAAGGUAUUGCAUUUCUCUGACAAUUUUUUUUUUUUUGAAACAGAGUCUUGCUCAGUCACCCAGGCUAGAGUACAGUGGUGUGUCACAGCUUAUGACAGCCUCGAACUCCUGGGCUCAAGCAAUCCUCCUGCCUCAGCAUCCCAAGUAGCUGGGACUACAGGCAGGAGCCACCACAUCAACAUAAUUUUUCAUUUUUGUGUAUAGACAGGGUCUUGCUAUCUUACCCAGGCUGGUCUUGAACUCCUGGACUCAAGCAAUCCAAUCCAGUUGGAAUUAAAUUUUUCAUAAGGCGUGAGACUUAGGUCAAGUUUCAUUUUUAUUUUAUUGUCUUACCUAUGGAUGCCCAAUUGUUCCAUUUCACCAUUGUUCAAUUCACUAUUUGUGAAAAAGCCUAUUUUUCUUCCAUUGACUUCCUUUUGCACCUCUUUCAAAAAUCAUUUGGGCAGAUUGUGUGGGUCUUUUUCUACGUUCUCUAUUUUGUUCCACUGAUUUGUGUGUCCAUUCCUCUGCUAGUAACACACAGUCUUGAUUACUGUAGCUAUAAAACAAUACUUGAAAUAGGGCAGACUGAUUUUCACUCACUUUAUUCUUCUUUUUCAAGAAUGUUUUAGGCGUCGGCGUCGCUCCCGCCCUGGAGCUCUAGGCCCGCUUUUCCCCGCUUGGGUCUGGCGUCGGGGUCAUUGUGUCUUGACAACCGCUCCGGUACCCCUUUCCGAGGCAGCAGUUGCGGCCGCUUUAGCCUUGAGCGGGCUACGCGUCUGCCUGCUGGUCUCUGCUAGUGCCGACCCUUCUCUUCGCGGACCCCACGCCAAGCAGCGACCCUGAGCCGACAGGCGGAGCACCCAGCAAUGGCGGCCUCCACGGCCUCGCAACGGCCCCUCAAGGGGAUCCUGAAGGACAAGACCUCUACGACUUCCUCUAUGGUGGCGUCGGCCCAACAGCCCCGUGGGAGUGUCCACGAGCAGCUGAGCAAAAAAUCCCAGAAGUGGGAUGAAAUGAACAUGCUGGCGACAUAUCGUCCAGCAGACAAGGACUAUGGUUUAAUGAAAAUAGAUGAACCAAGCACUCCUUACCAUAGUACGAUGGGUGAUGAUGAAGAUGCAUGUAGUGAUACAGAAACCACUGAAGCUAUGGCAACAGAUAGCUUGGCUAAGAACUUAGCUGCUGCUGAAGGCUUGGAGCCAAAGUAUCGUCAGGAACAAGAAAGCAGUGGAGAGGAGGAUAGUGACCUCUCACCUGAAGAACGAGAAAAAAAGCGACAAUUUGAAAUGAAAAGGACGCUUCACUACAAUGAAGGACUCAAUAUCAAACUAGCUAGACAAUUAAUUUCAAAAGACCUACACGAUGAUGACGAAGUUGAAGAAAUGUUAGAGACUGCACAUGGAGAAAGCAUGAAUACGGAAGAAUCAAAUCAAGGAUCUACUGCAAGUGACCAACAGCAAAAUAAAUCACGAAGUUCAUAGAAGAGAAACACGGUCUUCCUUUGUCACCCAGGCUGGAGUGCAGUGGUGUGAUCACAGCUCACAGUAAGCUCAAACUCCUGGGCUCAAGCAA